CCUCCGUCCUCAGUCCCUGCUGUCGGAAAUCACACCUGAUUCUUCGUCCAAGGCGUCCACGUUUUACACGCCUCCUUGAACCCCAACCACUCUGCUAAAUUGUUUGCAUAUAUGUAUAUAUCAAACCCCACUCUUAUUCCCAUUCCCGAUUCAUUGACUCCAUUAAAACUCUUCUGUGUUCACAUUCCCGUUCAAACAUCUUUUUUCACAAACAAUUUCCCACUGUUAUUUCAUGGAAAUUUCUUCUUUCCCAUUGUUGAAGACUACUCGUUGUCAAACUUGUUUUCUUUAAUUCAUUUAGACCCCAAUAGUGUUUCAAUAACCAAUACUACUAAUAAGCGCCCAGGACGUGAUAAUUUUUGCAAUGAACUGGGGAACGAGUCGUCAUCCGUGCAGGAUUUACCAAGCGAAAUUUUGGGAUUUGAUUGUCAACUAGAAGUCCAGAAAGCAAAGCAGAACGUACAACCCGUACGUUAUAUACAACAAGAUUCUAUUUUGGAGUCGAGAAUUAAGCAGAGUCACGAAAUGGAUGAGGGUGAAAAUUACUGGAAUUUUGAUCAGAAUCAAGAUGCUUUCAUGGGUUCGAGUUCUGGUCAAUCAUCUUUUGCUGAGAGGAGUCGCUCAGAGAGUCACGAUGUGAUGACAACUUCUGAUGAGUCCACUGGUACGGCAGGUAGCAGUUCGCAGCGUAGAUUGUGGGUGAAAAACCGGUCUAAAGCGUGGUGGGAGCAAGUUAACAGCCCGGAUUUUCCAGAAGAGGACUUUAAGAAGGCUUUUAGGAUGAGUAGAGCAACCUUUCAUAUGAUUUGCGAGGAGCUCGAAUCAGUUGUGACGAAAAAGGACACAAUGCUGCGGUUGGCAAUCCCGGUUCGCCAGCGUGUGGCUGCGUGUAUAUGGAGAUUGGCCACUGGCGAGGCUCUUCGUGAAGUUUCGAAACGUUUUGGUCUUGGAAUUUCUACCUGUCACAAGUUGGUUCUUGAGGUUUGUUCUGCAAUAAGUAGCGUGCUAAUGCCGAAGUUCUUGCAGUGGCCUGAUGAGAAUAGAAUGGAGGAGAUUAAAAGGGCGUUUGAAUUUGUUUCGGGGAUACCAAAUGUGGGUGGUGCAUUGUACACGACACAUGUUCCGAUCAUUGCUCCUAAGGUUAACGUGGCAGCUUAUUUUAACAAGAGGCAUACAGAGAGGAAUCAGAAGACUUCUUACUCGAUUACAGUUCAAGGUGUAGUAGAUCCUAGCGGAGUUUUCACUGACAUUUCUAUUGGUUGGCCUGGUUCAUUGACUGAUGAUCAGGUUUUGGAGAAGUCUGCCCUUUUCCAGAGGGCCAAUCAAGGAUCUUUGAAGGAUGUUUGGGUGGUUGGGAACUCGGGGUAUCCAUUAAUGGAUUGGGUUUUGGUUCCUUAUACUUACCGGAAUCUAACCUGGACACAGCAUGCUUUGAAUGAGAAAAUCGAUGAGGUUCAAAGGGUUGCCAAGGAAUCUUUUAUGCGAUUGAAAGCAAGGUGGAGUUGCCUGCAGAAGAGGACAGAUAUGAAACUUGAAGAUGUCCCGGUAGUUCUUGGGGCAUGCUGUGUUUUGCAUAACAUAUGUGAGAUGAGAAAUGAGGGCUUGAAUGAAGAUAUGAGGUUUAAUCUAUUUGAUGAUGAAAUUAUCCCUGAGAACAAUGUGAGGUCGAUCAAUGCUAUGUACACGAGAGAUCAAAUUGCUCACAAGCUCUUGCACCAUAAUCUUGCAGGCAGAAAUGUCCUGUGAUGACAGAGUUCUGAACUUGUUGUAGUCUUUUAGUGAUUCAAUUCUUUCCUGGCUUGUUAUACUCAUGCGAUAAAAUAAUUUGAUCCAAGUAAUUCUUUGACUUAUAGUAGACAAUCAUUUGCCUUUUAAUAAAAUUCCCAGUUUCUCUUGUUCUAUGAAAUUGUGAUUGUAUAUGGAAAUUUUGUCUGGAACUUUUUGUAUGAUUCCAUGUGAAUGGGUUCAAAAGAAGUUGUGUUUA